UAAAACAAUAGAAGAAGAAGAAGCUAGCUCAAUAGCUAAUUGUAAAUAUGUAUAAAAUAUGUAUCGUUACAAAUUGUGACGACGGUUCCAGCUCAUUUUUUCAUCGAUACGUCCGUUAAAGCCAACCAAAUUGAUUUUCUGUUUGUAAACGUGCUUUUUCAUUAAGAUUUGACUUUGAAAACAUGACAUUAAGCAGCCCUGUGUCACGUUAGUUGAACUUUGGCACACUGAGCUGAGGUUUCCUGCAAGUAAGUUAGCGUUGGAGGAGACUCUUUGUUGUUAUUGAUAUCGAAAGCAAGUUAAAAACCGAGCCGAAGAUGACAUCCAAGAAAGUGAUCGAGUUGUUCUACGAUGUUGUUUCUCCCUAUUCUUGGCUUGGCUUUGAGGUCAUGUGUCGCUACAGAAACGUGUGGAACAUAGAUCUCAAACUGCGCCCUGCAUUUCUGGGUGGAGUCAUGCAAGGCUCAGGCAACAAGCCCCCUGGACUGGUUCCAAACAAAUUCGCGUAUAUGACGCAUGACCUGAAACGCUUGGCACAGUAUUUUGAUGUCCCCCUGCAGUCUCCAUCUGACCCCUUUGAGGCCAUGUUCAAAAAAGGCUCCUUGUCUGCAAUGCGAUUUGUGGCAGCAGUGCAAGAGAGGGAGACGGGCGGAGACAAGCAGGUGGAGCAGGUGUCUCGGGAGCUGUGGAUGAGGAUCUGGAGUGAGGACAAAGACAUCACCGACCCUGCAUCGCUGUCUGAGGCAGCGAUGAAAGCAGGAUUGCCUGACAGCGAGAUUAAAGAACUGCUCAAACUAUCCACCUCAAAGGAGAUCAAAGACAAGCUGAAAAGCACAACGCAGGAGGCACUUGAUCACGGGUCGUUUGGCUUCCCCAUGAUGGUGUGUCAUGUGAAUGGAAAGCACAAGAUGUUCUUUGGAUCAGACAGAUUUGAGCUCAUGGCCCACUGCAUUGGGGAGAAGUGGCUCGGACCUCAGCCUGGAAAAUCAGCUGCCAAACUGUGAGAUGAAAGCUGCCUUCAAACUCUGUUGGGAUGCUUCGCUAAUUCUUCAAUCAUGGUUUUCCAGAAGGAAUCAAUGCAUUGUUACAUCCAAACAUUAUAUUCCCGAUUUCUCACUAACAAAUAAUAGUGUGAAGUAAUGUCACAUACCAUUUUACAGCGUUGUAAUGUGCUUAUUAAAAGGAACAUUGACAACUUAAGGAUAAUUAA